AAUACAUUUCUUCCAAUUUGAAAAAAAUGAAUUCAAAAUUCAUUCGAAAUUUCUCCGAUAGUAAAAGACCGAGAUUCCGUCGAAGCCGGAGUUACCGGUGCCCUAAGGCAAAAAAAAAAAACUGACGGAUGAAAAAACAAAACUUAGUCUAGUACACGCCAGCUAAACAUCCAGCCAGCCAUACUACUUCAUGAGGAUUAAUUGUGCUUCGCAAACCGUCCGAAAUCACAGGGUGUACUGUAGCCGUAGCUAGUUGUCCAUGGAUACCCAAUUCUCCUCAUCAACUAUACAACUUAAUUGCGCACAUUAACACGUAGUAAAAAAUGGCACCAUAUCAAUAGCUGCCAAAGAAUUUGCUGGCGCAAAGCACGCGUGAGGUCCGCGUAUGCCCAAUACUCCAGUUCAGCAACGCCAGUGCAUGCAAAACUACACGACUCACGCAGCACGCAUUGCCUCGCGCCCGCUCUCCCGGCCUAUAAAUACGAGCAACGCCCUUCGCUUCCCUCAGUGUGCCACCAAUUGCAGUCGCAUCCAUCUCAGAGUCACACUCGAGUCUUGAUCUCGACGAUUUCUUUGCAGAAGACCAUGGCUAGGGCGGUGGCGAUGUGCGCGGUGGUGGCGGUGGUGGUGGCGGUGAUGAUGGUGACGCCAUCGCCGGCGGCGGCGGCGAGGACGAUGGCGUCGGCGGCGGACCAGGAGUGCGACGUGGGGAAGCUGAUCGACUGCGGGCCGGCGAUCAUCGGCGGGACGCCGCCGUCGGACUCGUGCUGCUCGAACCUCAAGGCGCAGGAAGGGUGCUUCUGCCAGUACGCGAAGGACCCGAACUACUCCGACUACAUCAACAGCCCCAACGCCCGCAAGACUCUUGACUCCUGCGGCAUCACCCUCCCCACCUGUCCGCGGUAGAAACAUGGUGUGUAGAUACAUCACACAUACUGCGUGCUAUUGUAUCUGUGAGAAUAAAAAUAUUGUUUGCGCGGGUGUGUGUA